AUGGACCCUACACAAAUACGCAAGACGAUUCCAGAUCUGAUUCAACAAAUGACUCUGACCCGUAUCCAGCUCGAAGGACUUGCCGGUCGUCCCACGUUGCCCAAUCCGAUCAUCCCGAGUCUGCAUAUCGAAGUCUACCUGCUUGAGAAGGCUAUUUCAGACCUCAAAGAGUCUCUGAUAGACGCCGGGCGUCUGUUUCCUCGCGAGAAUGUCGAAACAACGAGAGAAAUUGAUCUCUCGUUGUUUGCCACUAGUAUCACACUGUCAAAUAUGGUCAAACAACUCCAUCAGCUGGAAAAUCCUCCUCUCGUCAAACGGAAAUCGAGAUUUCCGUUCGGUAAUGACAGAAAUUCACGGAAAGAACUCGACAUGAACAAUGAUCUCAGCGACCUACAUUCAUGCCACAAUGCACUUCGAAUGCAGAUUAUGCGAUUGGAUCCCCGCGAGGCCGGGGAACAAGUGCCCAAGGCUUUACAAAGCAAUUCGAUUUUGAUUGAAAAGACUGUUGCCCAAAUAGUUCGCCGUGGCUCGUUCAAUGCAGAACCUUGUCCUACAUACGUCGCGGGGCUAUGGCCGGACCUAUCCUAA